CACUCGGUGAAGGCUUGAACCCCCUGAAAUACAGCUGAGUUGGUUUCAUUUGUGACUUUUGUUUUAUUACUCAUUGAGCCUUCGUCGGGUGCCACGUCGAGCUGCAGCUAGUUCCAAUCCCUGUCAUACCGCGCUCUGGUCGCUUACUUAUUUGCGUGUCUAGGACCCAGAUUUCGUUGAUCGACGCACUUGAAGAUGACGGAAACACCCUCGUCGCGGUCUACACUCGAUGUCAAUGGACUCUAUAUUCUUCUGUCUGAUCGUGGGGGACUCAGCUAUCUCUUCCAUUGGGGCUUUUACCUGCACCAGUCCGAGAAGUCAGGCUUCAUCCACCAUCUGGUGAAUCACCCUGGUUCGAGCGAAUGGGUCUGCCUCACCCAGCCCAGCGAGGAGGUCGUGGCCUCCCCCACGUUUCUGGCGGCGCUCAAGGUGGGAGACUUGGAGCCUAUACUACAUCAACCGCUUGGCGAGCGGCUCCAUCGGAUUCCGAUCUGCCAUUCGACCCGUUUUCAUGAAGACAUCACCUGUCGGGUGUGGCUCAAGGAGGCCCUGUUUGCCUUGGACGACGAAGGGUACAUCAAGCUCGUCAAGAGCGUGGGAGAUAUCGAGGAGGAAGCAAAACACCUCGCAACCCGAAACAAGAGUCUGGGGCGGAGGACAAUUGCUCUGAGUGGCGGCAGCAUCGCUUGAUGGGGUGAUCACAACGAUUAUAACAUCCUCGUAGACUCUGUACUUGAUACAUAUUGAUACCGUAAUUACGUAUUAAUGCCUGUCAGCAAGUUGCAUAUGGCAAAUGCAACUGCAAUCAAUUCGUCCUGAAGAACCCCCCCCCCCUGCAAGCCAGCGUUUCUCCUCGCGAUGAGUGGCCCUGUCCUUGCCCACAGCGACUCCUCCUCCCAGCCACCACGGCCGAUUGUCCUGACUGAACGCCCCUUCGAGCCUGCCGACGACUGGGCGGGCCUGACCGACCCGACAGAGCGGCGCAGACGUC